UAGAAGGUUCUCUGCUUGAAGAACGUAUGGAGCAAUUCAAAGACAAACUAGAAGAAGGCAAAGUAUACAAACUGGAGUCUUUUAUGGUUGUUGAUCCUCGACCCAACUAUAGAGCAACAGAUCACUGCUAUAGGUUCCGAAUUUCACAAAACACAAAGAUAAAUGAAAUCCUGCCCGAGCCUGAAAAUUUCCCCCUGUAUGCAUAUGAUGCAAAAUCCUUUGAUGAUGUCCGCCCACGUGUGGACAAGCCGGAUAUCCUAUCAGAUGUUGUUGGAGUAGUUACGAUGGUUUCAGACGUUAUUCCAUCAAAAUCAGGGGAUCAAUCAAGAAGACACAUUUACAUAAAAAAUGAAAGUGAUGAGAUUGCCAUCGUCACCUUGCGGGGGGAACAAGCUGAGAAGUUUAAUGCAGAGAGCAUUCAGCAGAUUUCCCUGCAGGAAAAUGUGUUCAUACUGUUCGUCGGAAUGAAUGUUUGUCUCUUCAAAGGUAUGCUAGGGUUCAAAGGUACUUCAUUAACUCGCUGGCACAUCAACAUACCUAUUCCUGAAAUAGAAAUCCUUCGUGAUAGUCUUGGAAAUAAACGAUUCAUAAUAGACUGGGAAGACUUUGUGGCUGGAAAAAAAGAAGCAGUUCAAACAACCCUUUACGAUUUAUGCAAGAAAGACACCGCUGCUAUCGUGGGUAACAAGUAUAAGCUAAAUGUAACGGUCACCAACUGGUGGUUCCAUUCUUGCAAAUCAUGCUGGAGGAAAAUGAUUCAGUGCGGAGCUUCUCGCAAAUGCCCUGCCUGUCGCACCCCAGACGAGCGUUACAGGUACAGGCUGAAGGUCAGCGCAAUCGAUGUGGAGGCAAACGCUGAAGACUUGCCCGUUACUGGCCGCCUGAUAUUCUUUGCCAACUGCGCCGACGUCAUAAUGGGCAAGGAAGCAGAUCUUCUUGCACCGCUUACUAAAGGUCGUCCUAAUUACAUCCCUCCUGCUAUUACUGCCACGGUUGGCAAGAAGUGCACAAUCACCGCGGAAGUAGACCAGGAAACAUAUGAUGCUUAUCCUGGAGUAGUGGUCCUUACCGUCUCAAAGGCCCAGUUAAUCACUGACUCGGUGCACGUAGUGCAACCUUCUAUCCAUGCUAGCCCUGCAAUAGCUGAUAAGGCAACUACACAAACUGACGACCACCGAGAAGACAGCUCUUCACAAGCAGCACCUCCAAAAGACAUUCUUGAAUCAAUCGAUGCUGAAGAAGAUGAGGUAAGUAGUGGACUAUUCUUUAUAAUCAAUUAAUCCAACACCAUCUAAUGUGUUUCUCUACCAUGGCAUAGGUAAGGGAAACAAAGACAAGAAAAGGAAGAGCACCGACGAUAAAACGGGACCUGCAAAGACAUUGUUCAAAGGAAAAAAGUAAACUUCACCUUUUCAGUCUACCGUCACAUGACAGGGCGAGGACAAGCACACCAUCAGAGCAACCAAGGAAAUAAACGGAGCACUCAAUUCCUGUGUUUGCCUCUUAAGUUUAUGUUAUC